AUGGCUGAAAUCCGUCGCAAGCUUGUCAUUGUCGGUGACGGUGCCUGCGGUAAGACUUGCUUGUUGAUCGUCUUCUCCAAAGGCACAUUCCCCGAGGUCUAUGUCCCCACGGUCUUCGAGAACUACGUCGCCGAUGUUGAAGUCGAUGGGAAACACGUCGAACUAGCCCUAUGGGAUACGGCAGGCCAGGAAGAUUACGAUCGUCUUCGACCUCUGUCGUACCCAGAUUCUCACGUCAUCCUUAUCUGCUUCGCUAUCGACUCGCCCGAUUCACUCGACAACGUUCAGGAGAAGUGGAUUUCUGAGGUCCUUCAUUUCUGUCAAGGUCUUCCUAUCAUCCUUGUCGGCUGCAAAUGCGAUCUACGACACGAUCCUAAGACUAUCGAAGAGCUGGCAAAGACGUCGCAAAAGCCAGUCACCCCCGAGCAGGGCGAGGAAGUUCGCAAGAAGAUCGGUGCCUACAAAUACCUCGAAUGUUCCGCCAAGACCAACCAGGGUGUCCGCGAAGUUUUUGAGUCUGCCACCCGCGCUGCCCUCCUGACUCGCAAGAGUGGAAAGAGCAAGAAAUGCUUGAUCUUGUAG